GUUGGCGUUUAUCAUCUGGCUUACCUGGGUACUUGAUCUCACUGAGAUGGCUGGGCAGGGCGGAGAGGGCAUCUGGAAGGGGAAGUGGUGCACAUCUGGCUGGCUGAGAGGUAGCACGGGCGAUCUUUCGGCGAAGUAGUUGGAUAGCAUUCUACUUUUUCUUGAAUAUGAUUUGCAGCAACGGCGUCCUGUUCCUUGCAGUUCCGAGCGUGAGGUUGGGUCGCCACGCUGCGAGGCUUGCGGCCGGCCCGGAGCGUGAUUCGCUGCUCGACGUCGCCCUCGGCACUAGCUGCCCCAGCAGCACGACGGAGGGUGUGCGGUGCGUCUCUUUGGUGGCUCGCGGUGCCUGGCGGAUGUCGGGGAGGUCAGCAACUCAGCAGGCCGGGGACCAGCAGCGCGCGCCCGGCCUGAAACGCAUCAGCAGGGCCUGCAGAUGUUUGAUAAGCCGGGGGCUCGAGAGUCGCCAUUUGCCAUUACCCCCAGGCUAGCUGUAAUCGCAUUGGCCGGCGCCGCGGAUGCUGCUGCCAAGGGCACCCGGCCGGCAUCCAUGC